AUGGAGUUUGAUCAUAAGUUCAACUAUGAUGGUCAAGACUACCAGCACAUGGGUAAACUCUUCACCACCGAACCAAACAAAGCCGAUGCAAUAGUACAACAACUACUAAAGGAGAGGACGAUUGACAUGUUCCCAAUACUUAAAUGGAUCAUUCAUAAACGAUAUAUGUCACAGACUCUGUAUGAUACGCUGGUGUCACAGGCAGUGCAGCAGAAGAAUCAUUAUUACUUAGGACCUAUGCUUAGAUUGCUGCAUGUUGGUGAGCUGGGCCUACAGCUCGGCCAGACGACCAUCGAUACAAUGUCCAAACAUUACUUCUUUGUUGAGCGCACGAGCGAUGUGGCCAACAUGCCCGCGCACAUCAUUCAGAACAUUUUGGAGCAUCCUCGCAUCGCCUACCGCAAGGUGUUGCUCAUCGUCAACAGCAUACGAUCACCUCGCACACUGGCCACACUGUUACUGUUCAACGAGAUGCAGGCGUUGAACAUCCCUGAUGCUGAAGGCGUGUUCAGUCCGCCCCCACCCAGCGACCAGGUCGGCUACAGCCAACAACUGCCGCCAAAGAUAUUCCAUCAGCGACUCUACCAGAUACUGCUCAAGGAUCAGGUGCACAAGCCCGAGGCCAUGGACGAGAUCACUCACUUUAUCAUCCGCGACUCACUCAAGCUCAAUCGACCGGACCUCGCAACGAUAUGGCUGGCCCGACGCUACCACACCUAUAACCUACUACCCACACGGGCUAUACUCAGCAUGUUCUUGGCGCACUACAACGGCAACAACAAGCCUGCAUACACAUUCUGGCACAACUUCUAUUCAAACCUAUUCACUAUAUCCUCUGAUGACGACCUUGCCAAUGAGAUGGCGCGAUACAGGGAUCACUCAAUCAAUCAGUUUCUGGUCGAACGCUGCGGUGAUCAAUCACAGAGACAGGGCAGAACAGGCCUGCCAAAAAUCUUGGCCGAGCAUCGCAGCAGUAGCCAGCUGGCAACACUCAUAGCCAAUAACCUGAUGUCCAAUUACUUUGGCCAGGACUCAGAGUAUGGUCAAUUCCCCGAACACCUCUACUUGGAUCGACUGUUGAGCGAACUGUGCGGACGCGAUGGCACUCAGUUCGACAUUGUUGCCUUUGCCAAUGCCGCUCCACGCAUCACUCGUAUCCUAUUUGCUGGGCCAUUGAUCCUGUCCCGCCUUGCAGUGAACAAUGUCGAAGCGGCACUCAAGUUCAUGGCCGAUCAGUCCGACAUGCAGAUACUCUACACAAACAGCUAUCAACUGCGCAACGACCUGUUGAUUGGACUCAAGAAUGCCCAACGUUUUGACAUCCUUGUCGAGUAUCUCAAUUGCGUCAAGCCCAUCACCCAGUCCACUGUCAACGAGCUGCUCUCAUCCGUCACUCAACACUUUGAGUUGGCGCCCUUUGCCUCGCGAGCGAUCAUUAAAUUGGUCAGCGCCCUGGUGCCCAAGGGCAACCCAGACAGCAGCUGGACACACGACAUGGUCAAUGCUCGCCUCUCGAUCAUACCAGGUGACUCGCGCGAUCAAUUCAAACAAAUAUUGGCUGCAGCUGGCGACAACAGGACCAGUGUCACCGAUGCGAUUGCGACCCUAUUCUAUCUCGAGCAAUUCAAGACACGGCCUUUGGACAGCAACAAUGAACGCCACACCCUAGACAACCUACUCAAGUUCAUCGGCUCACCAAUAGGCAUCGACUGCCUCAACUCGCCCGAUGGAGCGGUGUUGCAGGUGCUGGCCCAGGGUGGUAGCGUCGGAAAGGAUAUAGUGAUCGAGUACACCGAGUACCUUUCAUUUAUAUAUAUACUCGAGACGAACAAGCCCGUUACAUUGUCGGCCCAAGCACUAUAUCACAUUGCGUUGACACUGGUCGAUAACAAACAGGAGUCGACUUUAAUCCAGAUCUUCAACAAGCAAGUACCAGAGAACAAUUAUGAUGGAAAGUUAAUGGACAUUCUGAUACAGGCCAACAGUGUAGCGCAGGACACAAUGACCAGUGAGACCUUGGCCAAAGCAUCAAGAAGAGGAGAGUCCACAUCAUCACUCUCACAAUCAAAUGGGGUGAUCAAGCCAGUAGUUACACUAUCAGAUUCGACAAUGGAGUACCUUCGCAAGUUUAUGUCCUCUCCAAUGACCAUCACUGAUUGA